CCAAAACAAAAAACUAGGACAGCACCAAAAACAUUCCACAAAUAUGGCUUCUUGUUUCUCAAUGGCUCGUGUUUUUCUUGCUUUCCUUGUUGUCGCUUCCUCUCUCGGCCAUGUCUUUUCGUCACCAUUGCUAUCUGAUUCAGGUGACCGACAAAGGGCGAACCAUACUAAAGAGAUUCAGAAGCUGAAGCUGAAGCUGAGGAGAAUCAAUGCUUCUCUGAACAAGAUCAAUAAGCCUGCUUUCAAGACCAUUCAGAGUCCGGACGGGGAUGUCAUAGACUGUGUUCUAUCUCAUCUUCAACCUGCUUUUGAUCAUCCUGCGCUUCAAGGCCAGAAACCUCAUUUUGUGCAGGAGGAUCCACCGGAGAGGCCAAAUGGCUAUAAAUAUACAGAAGCAGUGGCUGAAUCUGAAAGCUUCCAGUUAUGGGCAGAUUCAGGUGAAUCCUGCCCCGAAGGGACUGUUCCAAUCAGAAGAACUAGGCAGAAAGACAUACAAAGAGCAAGUUCUAUUACAAGAUAUGGAAGAAGACGCGUAAGGAGAGACUCAACAGGCAGCGGCCAUGAGCAUGCUGUUGCGUUUGAAAAAGGAGACGAGUAUUAUGGAGCAAAGGCAAGCUUAAACGUGUGGGCCCCUCGUGUGUGCAAUGAAUAUGAAUUUAGCUUAUCACAGAUAUGGAUAAUCUCGGGUUCUUUCGGCAAUGAUCUAAAUACCAUCGAAGCUGGUUGGCAGGUUAGCCCUGAAUUGUAUGGAGAUAAUAACCCUAGGUUCUUCACAUACUGGACUACUGAUGCAUACCGAGCCACUGGCUGCUACAACUUGCUUUGCUCUGGUUUUAUCCAAACCAAUAACAAGGUUGCCAUUGGAGCUGCAAUCUCUCCAACCUCAUCUUAUAAUGGCAGACAGUUCGAGAUCGGCUUAAUGGUUUGGAAGGAUCCGAAACAUGGAAGUUGGUGGUUAGAAUUAGGAUCAGGAAUACUGGUGGGGUACUGGCCAGCAAUACUGUUCAGUCACCUAAGAAGCCAUGCGAACAUGAUACAAUUUGGAGGAGAGAUAGUGAACAGUAGAUCAUCAUCGUCAGGGUUGCAUACGUCAACUCAAAUGGGCAGCGGCCAUUUUGCCCAACAAGGCUUUGGGAAAGCAGCUUAUUUCCGGAACCUGCAGAGGGUUGAUUGGGAUAAUAAUUUGUUGCCUAUAACAAACCUUCGCCUCUUGGCUGAUCACUCUAAUUGUUAUGACAUCACACAGGGAAGAAACAACCUUUGGGGAACUUACUUUUACUAUGGAGGCCCUGGAAGAAAUGUAAGGUGCCCUUGAGAUUUCCUUUUAAACACACACACACUCUGAGGGUUCAACUUUUUCUUUUUUAACUCACAAUUCAACCCGAACAAGUAUUCAUUUCUUUAAAAAAAAAUGUCUAUAUUUAAAUUUUUAGUUUAGAGUUUCAUUCAUCCUUUAUAUGAA